GCUAGGAAGUUAGGCACAUGCCAUCUAUAAAGGAGCAGCGAGCGCCUCCGGCCGCAACGAGGCAACCACCGUAAACGGUAUUCACAGAAACCGAUCGAAGAAAAGCCAAGAAUUUAUUGGCGUUUCUUCUGUUUUGUUUUUUUAUCCUCCAUUCGCUUCCCCUUCUCCCUUCCCCUCUUCCUCUUCCUCAGUUGUGCUGUGUUCCGUUGCACACUUACGUACGCACGCGUACGUAUAUAGAGGAAUACAGAUACCGGGCGGGGAUUCCUCAUGUAAAAGGUGAAAAAUCCUUUCACGACUGGUUCGUGGAUUCAACCCCAAUCCUCCUGAUGAAGCAUGAGGGUGUUGUUAGAACCCGUUUGAUCGGUACAUGUGUGUUUGCGCAAUUUGGACGUAAAUUGUUGGUCAUCUUCAAAGUACCUUUUCUAGUAGCAGGCUUCUCUUGUUCGAAUUUUGUUUAAUGGGGAUUCAAACAAUGGGGUCUCAAGGCAAUGGUCAACAGCCUCAUUUACAACCAUCCCCACUGACGAGGCAGAGCUCAUGGUAUAACCUCACCCUUGAUGAAGUAAAAAACCAAUUGGGGGACAUGGGGAAACCAGUGGGUAGCAUGAACCUUGAUGAGCUUCUGCAGAAAGUGUGGACUGCUGAAGCAAAUCAAUCCAUGGUAAUGGACAAUGACAACUCCUCUUCAGCAUCUUCCCUCCAACGUGAGCCUAGUGCAACAUUGGCUCGGGCAUUGAGUGGGAAGACGGUUGAUCAAGUGUGGACAGAGAUUCAACAAGGGCAGAACAAGAGGUAUGGCGAAGGGCCAAAGGGUCAGGAUAGCAGCAUGAAACUUGGGGAAACGACUUUAGAGGACUUCCUUGUACAAGCAGGGCUUUUUGCCGAAGCUUCUGUAGGUCCUACCAUGGGGUUGGAUAUUGUUGAGGCAGUGACCCCUCAAAAUUUUCCACAAAACAUGGGUUUGUCAUCAUCCCCUUCAACGUGCUCGUUAUCCGAUACAACAGCGUCUGGAUGGAAAAGGACUGCCUCAGAUACAUUUGAGAAGACUUUGGACAGGAGGCUUAAGAGAAAAAUCAAGAACAGGGAAUCGGCUGCACGCUCACGAGCUAGAAAACAGGCUUACCAUAAUGAGCUAGUGAGCAAAGUCUCACAUCUAGAAGAGGAGAAUACAAAGCUCAAGAAAGAGAAGGAAUUUGAUAAAAUGUUGCCUUGUGAAUCAUCAUCUGAGACGAAAUACCAGCUCCGAAGAACAAGUUCAGCCUCUUUUUGACAUGAUGUCGGUGCUGAAGGUUUGCAGUUUCGUAUUGUUGGGACUAAUAUGUCAGGUGGUUCCUGGGCAGCUGCUUUGGGAUUUCUUAACAAGGCCACUGAUUGCUGCCACCGAUGUGCUUCCUCUCCCCUCCCACCAUUAGAGUUUGGCUUUAUGCAAAUUUAUGACCAACUGAUUUCUAAAUUAUAUAUACUGCAGCAAAAAUGCCAUGUUGAUAAAUGUACCAUGUUGAUAAAAUCAGGAAAGAAUGGAGUCCAUAUUAGUUGCAUAUUGGUUCAACAUGAUCUUAUUAGCUUGAUCUCUUUACCAUUUGGAACUUUUAACAUUAUGAUUGACCAAGUCGUUAUUCUUCGUAAAGCUCGGGGGUUAUGUCGUCGUCUUCCUGGUGCGUACAUAUCAGUGCAGUGGGGUUUUUACUAUUAUUAAUUCAUUUUGUGGGUCUAAGUUCAUUAGUUGUUUGAAAUCUGUUUAAACAUGCAGUUGUAGAUCCGAAGAAUUGGAUGCUCAAGACUCGUCAAGCUGGAACGUUUUGCAGAUUGAUUAGAAUGCGCAGUUUGGUGGUGUUUUGAAGAUCACGGUAGCAACUUGUCUUUAUGGAUUGAAUUCCUGGUUCUACUGUUUUCAUGGUUAAAAUAUAAACUAUGGCGCACGGUUUUGAGUAAUUAUUUAUUUAUAAAAAGAAUAGGCGAUGGCACCGAAGGUUUCUGCACUGGUCUGAAACAAGGCAAUUGCAGUUGGGUCAAAUAAUUGCAGUUUUCACCUUUCAAAUCUUCA